CCCUGUAUGCUUUGCCUCUUAACCCUAGGCCUCAGCGUGCUCACCAUGGCUCUCUGGAUCCAAUCGCUGCCUCUCCUGGCCCUUCUCGCUCUUUCUGGCCCUGGGACCAGCCACGCAGCUGCCAACCAGCACCUCUGCGGCUCCCACUUGGUGGAGGCUCUCUACCUGGUGUGUGGAGAGCGGGGUUUCUUCUACUCCCCCAAAGCCCGACGGGACGUUGAGCAGCCUCUAGUGAGCGGUCCCUUGCAUGGUGAGGUAGGGGAGCUGCCCUUCCAACAGGAGGAGUUUGAGAAAGUGAAGCGAGGGAUCGUUGAGCAAUGCUGCCACAACACAUGCUCCCUCUACCAACUGGAAAACUACUGCAACUAA